UGGUUUUCUGGGGAGUGACUAAUCAUACACGCCCAAAGAGUCUCUACGAUUACCCAUGACCCUCUAGAAACGUAUGACCUGUCUCCCGUGUCUGGCCUUGGCUCGUAACGCGGUGCUGCUGUUUGUCAGUGACUGCCGCCUUUAGGACUUAGGACUCAACGUUAAGCUACUUUUCGUGACGGACCGGUCGGCUAGUGAACUGGGAGCCGUUGCAGCGGAGCUGAGCCACAAUGCUGAAAUGUAGAACAGUGUGGAGAAAGCUUGCACCACUAGCUAGAACCUCCUCAACUGUGUGCCGGCAGAAUGCGAGGAGAGCAGGGUUAAACAAUGGCAGACUACCAGCAUGUGUACCUGCAGGUCACAUGUCCACAGCGCCUGCAGGGGGAGGUAGAGAAAACCAGCUGUACGUUCUUCUGGUCGGAGCAACCUGCGUUGGCGGUGCAAUAUAUGCAUACCAAACUGUCAAGGGAGACAGCCAAAGAUAUCAGGACCGCAUUGAUGAAAUUUCAUCCAGACCACUAAAAUCAUUCACAGAAGAACCAGCCACACCCAUCCAGUCAGAGCCUCCUGCAGCCGUCCCUGAAGCAGCACCGUCACCAGAAGAGCCAAGUCCUCCGGCCCCCGGUGCUGAAGUACUGGCCCCCAUUAAAACAGCUGAUCCUGCCCCAGAACCUCCAGCAGCAGAGCCGGCUGAACCUCAACCGGACGUUGUGGCAGAGGCAGAUGAGCCAGUCAUAGACGCAUCCCCAGAGGAGGCAGCAGAACCACCUGUAGUUGAGCCGGAACCAUCGCCCUCCUCUGAGCCGACCACGGCUGAGCUCACAGAGCCUCUUGCAGAGAGCGAACCUCCAGCAGCAGAAAGCGCCGCCGCGGAGCCCACCGAACCUCAACUGGAAGUUGUGGCAGAGAGUGGAGAUGAAUCCCCCGCCUCUCACAAGGUCUCCUCACACACGCCCUACCUCCUCAUCGGUGGAGGCACCGCCUCUUUCGCUGCUGCCCGGUCCAUUCGAGCCAGGGACCCCGGUGCCAGGGUAUUGAUAGUGACCGAUGAGCAAGUCCCGCCAUACAUGAGGCCCCCACUUUCUAAGGAACUGUGGUUCUCAGAUGAUCCCAGUGUGACAGAAACUCUGCGUUUCAAACAGUGGAACGGAAAGGAAAGAAGUAUCUACUUCCAGCCACCAUCAUUCUACAUAAAUGCAGAGGAAUUGCAAAGUGCAGAAAAUGGUGGAGUGGCAGUUCUCACUGGCAAAAAGGUGGUUCACAUGGAUGUGAGAGGAAACAAAAUAAAACUCGACGAUGACACUGAGAUUUCAUAUGACAAGUGUUUGAUUGCUACAGGUGGUGUGCCGAGAAAUCUUCAGGUCAUUGAAAGAGCAGGAGAGGAGGUGAUGAAGAGGACGACGUUGUUCCGCAAGGUCGAGGACUUCAAAUCAUUGGAUAAGGUCUCCAGAAACGUCAAGUCCAUCACGAUCAUUGGUGGCGGCUUCUUGGGCAGCGAGCUGGCCUGUGCCCUCGGCAGGAGAUCAACUGAGAGUGACCUUGAGGUGAUACAGAUGUACCCUGAGAAGGGCAACAUGGGAAAAGUGUUGCCUGAGUACUUAAGCAACUGGACAACAGAAAAAGUCAAGAAAGAGGGUGUGAAAAUCAUCUCCGAAGCUUUGGUCAAAUCUGUGGUCAGCAAAGAUGAUAAAUUAGAAAUCCAACUGAAGGACGGUCGAUUGGUGAAAACUGACCACAUCGUUGCAGCUGUUGGCCUAGAGCCCAAUGUUGACCUUGCUAAGUCAGCAGGUCUGGAGGUGGACUCUGACUUUGGGGGCUUUCGAGUCAAUGCAGAGCUGCAAGCUAGAUCCAAUAUCUGGGUGGCAGGAGAUGCUGCGUGUUUCUAUGACAUCAGACUGGGCCGCAGGCGAGUGGAGCACCACGACCACGCCGUUGUGAGUGGGCGACUGGCAGGAGAGAACAUGACCGGAGCCAACAAACCCUACUGGCAUCAGUCCAUGUUCUGGAGCGACCUGGGUCCGGAUGUGGGCUACGAGGCCAUCGGGAUCGUCGACAGCAGCCUGCCGACGGUCGGCGUGUUCGCCAAAGCCACAGCCAAGGAUACGCCCAAAGCUGCAACGGAGGAGUCCGGAACUGGGAUCCGGUCAGAAAGUGAAACCGAGCACACCGCCUCCAGCCCGGUGGCCUCUUCAACGCCAUCUCCCACCGGCGUGCAGCACAAAGACGAGUACGGAAAGGGAGUCAUCUUCUACCUGAGGGACAAGGUGGUGGUGGGCAUCAUCCUGUGGAACGUGUUCAACAGGAUGCCCAUCGCAAGGAAGAUUAUCAAGGACGGAGAGGAACAUGCAGAUCUGAACGAAGUGGCUAAACUCUUCAACAUCCAUGACGAUUAGGAGUCUGGUGGCAGGCACUGAGUGAGGGGGAGCUUCAUGUGGAGACUGAACUUUGGUUGAGUCUUUAAGACAACUGAUCAUACAAAGAAAACAGGAGGAUUCAUGUAAAUGUCUGAGAUAUUUUCAUAUUUGGAUUACGUAUCUGCUGCACCUGUUUGUUUUUGUUUUUUUUCUGUUUAGGAAAAAAUGGUCUGAUUUUUGCUCACGUUUUAGAAAAUCAUGCUCGGGAUGUGAUUGUCGUUCUGCUUUUCCACACCAGGCAAAAAAAUGCUCAGCAUGGAUUUUUGUUUUCCUCUGUUGAUCAGUGCAGCUCGUCGAGAGAAGCUGCAAUAAAGGCUAUUUUUAAAUUGGA